GCCCUGCACGCAUCAGCGCGCCUCAGCGAGCAGGGCCCGAGCGGCACCGCCGGGCCGCUAGGUGGCGCUGCCGCCCUCUCCGCGUUCGCGCCGCUCCCUCCGCCGCGUCGCCGCCUGCCCUCAGCCCUGCGGCCGGGUCCGCACCAUGGAGGCGCCCCCCGUGACCAUGAUGCCCGUCACGGGCGGCACCAUUAACAUGAUGGAGUACCUGCUCCAAGGAAGCGUUUUGGACCAGAGCCUGGAGAGCCUGCUGCACCGCCUGCGCGGCCUGUGCGACAACAUGGAGCCGGAGACCUUCCUGGACCACGAGAUGGUGUUCCUGCUGAAGGGGCAGCAGGCCAGCCCCUUCGUGCUGCGGGCGCGGCGGUCCAUGGACAAAAGCGGGAUGCCCUGGCAUCUGCGCUACUUGGGCCAGCCGGAAAUAGGCGACAAGAGCCGCCACGCACUGGUACGCAACUGCGUAGACAUCGCUACUUCGGACAACCUGACGGACUUUCUGGUGGAGAUGGGCUUCCGCAUGGACCACGAGUUUGUGGCCAAAGGGCACGUGUUCCGCAAGGGCAUCAUGAAGAUUAUGGUGUACAAGAUCUUCCGCAUCCUAAUGCCGGGAAACACGGAGAACAUUGAGCCGCUCUCCCUCUCCUACCUGGUGGAGCUCAACGUGGUAGCGCCAGCAGGACAGGACAUCGUUUCUGAUGACAUGAGGAACUUUGCUGAGCAAUUGAAGCCUCUAGUACACCUGGAAAAAAUUGACCCCAAAAGGCUAAUGUGAUUGAAAAGCUGGGCAGUUAAGGUAUGGGUUUUGUUAGUAUUCCCAAAGGGGCUGUGUUUCUAAAAAAGCCUUCUGAGGGCAAAUCAAAACAGGGAGAGGGGAAUAAAGGACUACAUAUCAGUCUUGUCAGUUGCAAUUACCGAGUGUUUUUUCUUUCACUUGUGGAUGAACACAAAUGGACACUUUAAUGCCAUUAAAAACAUCAGUAAAUGCUAAUAGUGGUAAUCUUCCUUC